AGAGAAAUAGCCUAAAGAAAGGCAGCUGAGGAGUCAAAGGACAGGAGGCGUCGGCCGGCAUACAACAGGAAGAGAGAAAUGGCAAAUUUUUCAGGCACCUGGAAAAUGAAAAGCAGCGAGAAUUUUGACGAGUUGCUCAAAGCUCUGGGUGUGAACGCCAUGCUGAGGAAAGUAGCAGGGGCGGCAGCAUCCAAACCCCAUGUGGAGAUAAAACAGAGCGGUGACCACUUCUACAUCAAGACCUCCACCACCGUACGCACCACGGAGAUCAACUUCAUCGUAGGCGAGGAGUUCAACGAGGAGACGGUGGAUGGCAGAAAGUGUAAGAGUUUGGCCACGUGGGAGACGGAAAACAAGAUUUACUGCAAACAGACUCUGCUGAGCGGGAACGGUCCAAAAACCUUCUGGAGCCGAGAACUCGAAGGGGAUGAACUCAUUUUGUUAAUGACAUCACACCCCUCUGCCAGAUGGAGUCGUCACGGCUCAAUUAGACUCCUCUCCAACCUUUCCCCAACCUCAUCCUUCCACGCCGCACCGCCUGGGAUCUUUGGAGCAGACGAUGUGAUCUGUACAAGGAUCUACGUACGAGCACAGUAGACAUCUUCGUUCCUCCAAAUUAACUCACAACUGACACCCUGUUGAUGUCUGAAAUUUAGCGCCUUGCAAAAGUAUAUAUAAACCAACUUUUUUUUUUUACAUUUUUUCACUACAAGAAAAACUGACAUCUUUUUUUGCGUGUGGAUAAUUGGAUAGUUAAAAAAACCACCAACUUUUCCAGUCUACGGAGUAUUUUUCCCCUUUCUACAUAGCAUCCCCCAGCAUAAUGAUGCCAUGUUUAACGUAGUAUUUAAUUAGCUUAGUGUUGGUUCACAUGCCACAUUUUGCAUGAGGUAUCAUCUGUUCAGAGCAACUUCUUCUUUUCUGCUGACUCCAACAAGUCCUGUGGGAAACUGCUUUGAUUUCAACGGUUUUCGUCUUGCUGCUCUUCAGUGACGGUCAGAUUCUUAGAAUGAACACCAGACAGAUGCAGUGCUGACAGAUUCCCACACCUGAACUGAUUCUGUCUGGGUAGAUCUGCAACUGUGCCGCUUUCCCUUUUCAGAUAAUAGAUCAAACAGUUCUCAAUUUGAUCUUCAAAUUUUGGGUUUUCAUUUCAGAAGCCAAAUCUACUUUUUCUACAACUAACCUGUCUUUCACUUUAUCCCUGAUGUCUCUGGUUAGUAUUUUGUUUUAAUAUAAUUUAGAAAAUUGAUUUUUGCUUUUUCCUUGUGCAUAAUUUUGUGGUUUUGCUUUUUUUCCCCCACAACAAAGCCAGAACUAACUGGUCUAAUCUGAAUAAAAAUGAUCAGAAUGUUUGAUGCUGAA